GGUGUUUUGUAUGAGUAAAGCGGCGUUAGAUAUGUUUACAAAGUGUUUGUCACUAGAAUUGGGUCCAAAAGGGAUUCGUGUGAAUAGCAUAAAUCCAGCGUCAGUGCGAACGCCUAUAUUCGACAAAUUCGGUGUCCAAUCAUUCAGUUUGCAAAAUAUGAUUGAAAUGACGGCUAAAAGCUAUCCAUUGGGAAGGAUUGGAGAACCGAUUGAUUGCGCCAAAGCUGUGGCAUAUCUGGCCUCCGAUGACGCGUCCUUCGUGUCGGGAACUCUCCUCCAAGUGGACGGCGCCUCACUUCACGCCAAUAUGACGGACCCAAACGACCCGUAAAAUGCCGUCAAAACGAGAUUAUAUAAUC